UAAAUAUUAAAGAACAAACAGAAAACAAGAGAGGAGAAGAAGGGAGAGGAAGCAGUGAUGUGAAAAAAAAUGGCUUCCCUGUACCACACUUGUUCGUUAGCUGGCGCUGCGAAACACGCUCUUCCUUUAAUUUCAUCACUCUCUCUCUGCUAUAACCACACAAUCUCUUGCUACAACCAGUACCGGCGUCAGCGCCAAUGCAGUCACGGAGUAUCUGCUUCUGCUUCUUUAGACGUUGGAGAGCUCAGAAGCUCAGACUUAGUUGCCAUGGAAUAUGCUGAACUUAACCUCACUGAUAAGAUUUCUGGGGAAUUGGGUCAUGUAAGAAUCAGGCAACAUGUCAACCCUCUUAGCUCAUCUUUCAGAGUGUCUGCCCCAGUACCAGACUGGGCUGAAGUAUUUAAGGACCCAACACUGCCUUUGAUGGUGGAUAUUGGAAGUGGUAGUGGCAGAUUUCUGAUAUGGCUGGCGAAAAGCAAUAUAGAAUCAGAAAAUUAUUUGGGAUUGGAAAUACGGCAGAAACUGGUCAAGCGUGCUAACUUUUGGGUAAAGGAACUGGAUCUUAGGAAUAUAUACUUCAUGUUUGCAAAUGCUACAGUUUCUUUCGAACAACUGGUAUCCACUUAUCCGGGACCCUUGAUACGAGUUUCCAUCUUGUGUCCGGACCCUCACUUCAAGAAAAGGCAUCAUAAGAGAAGGGUUGUGCAGAAGCCUUUAGUAGACUCCAUUGUAAAUAAUUUAGCUCCUGGUGGAAAGGUUUUUAUACAAUCUGAUGUGCUCGAAGUGGCUGUCGACAUGAGAAAUCAGUUUGAUGAGGCAUUAGAUGUUAAAUACAUUGAUGGAAUUGAGAAUAAUGUGGUGUGUGACAAUGAUGGAUGGUUGUUGAAAAACCCAAUGGGGAUAAGAACUGAGAGAGAAAUCCAUGCAGAAUCUGAAGGUGCAAAGAUUUACAGAAGGUUGUACCAGAAGAAAAAGACAUGUUUAGAGUUUCCUUCGUUGGAGUGAUGAAUUGAUGUCUCUAUUGUAUUUCAGAAGAAAGGUAGAAGAUACAUAUAUAUAUAUAUAUAUAUAUCUAGAGAGAGAGAGAGAGAGAGAGAGAGAGGGAGAGCUAACUUGGCUGUUCUUUUCAACAUAAUUUUAGAGCAAGAAACAGUUUUAUCUUUCAUAACCAA